AUGAUGAGCCGUGCUCGAUCGUCUUUGUUCCUAGCACCAAAUCUUUCCUCCCUACGGACUGAACUUUCAUCUCAGGAAAGAACAGGAGGAGCCAAGAAAGAAGAGAAUCCUUACUCCAGCAUCAUAGGCGGUAUUUAUUCUGAGAUAAACAUAAGGGUCUUCUCCUAUGCUGAGUUAAGAUCUGCCACAGACAACUUCAACCGAACGAACAAAGUAGGUCGAGGUGGCUUCGGUACAGUUUAUAAGGGAACCAUUCGAAAUGGGCGAGAGGUCGCGGUAAAAGUUCUUUCUGCUGAAUCCAGUCAGGGCAUCAGAGAAUUCUUGACAGAAAUUGAUGUCAUUACUAACGUGAAGCAUCCCAACCUUGUUGAAUUAAUUGGCUGUUGCGUUGAAGGAAACAACAGGAUUUUGGUAUAUGAAUAUCUUAAAAACAGCAGUCUUGACCGUGCACUGUUGGGUUCUAACAGUGAGCCCGCUGACUUCACCUGGAGCAUAAGAUCUGCUAUAUGCCUUGGAGUUGCUCGAGGCCUUGCUUACCUGCAUGAAGAGAUCGCAUCACCAAUUGUACACAGAGACAUCAAGGCUAGCAAUAUACUACUUGACAAAAAUUACGUCCCCAAGAUCGGGGAUUUUGGUCUGGCCAAGCUAUUUCCUGAUAAUGUCACCCAUAUCAGCACCCGAGUAGCUGGAACAACAGGCUACCUUGCACCUGAAUAUGCAUGGCAUGGCCAGCUAACCAAGAAAGCGGAUAUAUACAGUUUUGGUAUCCUUGUCCUGGAGAUAGUGAGUGGCACAAGUAGUUCCAGGAGCAUACUGAUGGAUGACAAGGUUCUCCUAGAGAAGCCUAACUCUGAACAUUCACAGCAGACAUGGGAGCUAUAUGAAGCAAAGAGGCUCAAGGAACUGGUGGAUCCAGCCCUUGUAGAUUACCCUGAGGAAGAAGUCAUCAGGUACAUCAAGGUGGCCCUCUUCUGCUUACAGGCGGCCGCCGCUCGCAGGCCGACGAUGUCCCAGGUUGUGACCAUGCUGUCCAAGCCCAUCCGGAUCAACGAGAGCGAGCUGACGGCGCCAGGUUACCUCCACGAGAACAGCAGGAGGAGCCCCGGGUCCGAGGCCACCGUUUCCAGCAACUACAGGUUCAAGAACUCGGCGUCCGAGGAUUCCAACAUGUUCAGCACGGUUGUGCCACCAACGGUGACUGAGAUGAGCCCCAGGUGA